UCAAAAUUCCACAAUCAUUUUUCUAUUUCACCUACCUUUCUUCACAAGAAGUAUAAACCCUAACUUUCUGCCCAAGUCAAACUCCAAAAUGCAGCCGCAACCCGACGUUUUCAGCAUCCAUAACUACCUAAACUCCUCGAUCCCAUCUCCAUAUCCUUCCCAUUUCCAGAUAUCAUCGUCAUUUCCAGUCAACGGUCAAAACCUAAACCCCUUUUACGGAUUCCAAAGUGCUACAAACAAUCCACAAUCCAUGAGCCUAAGCAGCAACAACUCGACAUCAGAUGAAGCCGAAGAGCAGCAGGCAGACAAGAACAUAAUCAAUGAGAGGAAGCAAAGAAGGAUGAUAUCAAACAGAGAAUCUGCAAGGAGAUCGCGUAUGAGGAAGCAGAGACACCUUGACGAGCUUUGGUCUCAGGUAAUGUGGUUGAGGAUCGAGAAUCAUCAGUUGCUUGAAAAGCUUAACAAUCUCUCUGAAUCUCACGAGAAAGUUCUUCAAGAGAAUGCUCAGCUUAAAGAGGAAACAUCCGAGCUUAAGAAAGUGAUCAGUGAUGUGCAAAUUCAAAGCCCUUUCUCUUGCUUCAGAGACGAUAUAAUCCCCAUUGAAUAGAGCAUUUUUUACCCCUUGUACCGUGGUUCAUAUAUUAUAUGUAUUAUGUGUGUAUAUCCGGAGAUCUUUGUUUUUGUUUAUCAAUAGUUCCGGGUCUUAGUCCUCAUAUAUGCCAGGGUUGAGAGAAGGUUAAUUAGUCUCUUAAAGAAGAUUUGUGUUAAUGAAGAACAAAUAUAAGUGGUGUUAGUCAAAUCAUGAGUCGUGUUGGUGAUGGGGACAUUGUAAGGUGGUGUGGGUUUUGUUUCUUAUUACAACAAUUUCUAAAUUUCCAACUACA